AAACGAAACACCUCAACACACAAGCCGGUUGAUGGAGCAUGUUCUCAUCACACUUCACAAAGCUUGCAAAUAAGUUGCCGACGCUCAGCAGCUUCGGCUGGGGAGCACGGCCAGAGGCCAUUGACAUACCAAGUGUGCAAAUCUUCGACACGGAAACGGGAACGGAGAAGCGGAUGCGUACGCUGAAGCACCUGAUCAAAGCCAAUCAUGCCAACCACUCGAUAAUAUACAACGAGCUCCGAUUCCAUAACCACACACCUCAUAUUCUCGGAUCGGCGUUCUGUCUAGGAGGCACAUCCGAGCAUCUCCAUGAGAUAUACGAAAAGGAGACGAAGAAUCUCGAGCCAUGGCAAGAGUCACCAGGCGAGAUUUCGCUGUCGGACUGGCGGGAUUUUCUAGGCAAGCGAGAGUAUCAGCGCGCCUUCAUCGACUUCUUCGAGGACCAACUUGUGCUCAACGGCUACGACUGGCAUCAAUUGCUCUCUGACUUCCUCUUCGCCGGGCCCGCGCCACUAAUUCACGAAAUGCUCGUCAGCGGCCUCGGCCAUCCAUUAAUCCACCUUGCAUACGCAUACGAACUCUCCAGCUCCACCCUCGCCAUCGAAGCCCUCGCUCUCGGCACAUGUUUCUAUACGCCUGCGCACGCCAAGUACCUCGACGACCCGGCAUACACGCAGCCGCCCGCCAACCCGUCCGCCGACCCCCUUGUCAUCCUCGCGCGGGUGCGCACAGAUGCGCGCUUCGAUGGCCUUUUCGAUUCACGUAAGCCAAAGAAUGUGGAUGUUGUGUUCGAGCAGGCGGAAGAGGCGCUGUUGGAGCACUGGAAUGCGUGGACGUGGACGGCAGCGACUGAUGCUGAUGCAGGUGCGGAUGUAGAUGGUGCGCGGGGGGCGUUUGAGCGUGCGCAGAGGGCAGCUAUGGGGUUACUGGUCGCGAGUCGAACACACGGCCAGAGGUUUGAUUUCUUCUUGUGUCACUUGUUGACGAGCAGCCAUGCGGUGCGGGUGUUGCUAGGGGUUGUACCGGCGCGGUGGCAUGUGGUGCUUGUGCGGCAAUGGUGGCUAUUUGUGCUCGCGGUGUAUGUGGCGCAGAUGAGGCCUGGGGUUGAGAUGGAGCGGAUCGCGGAGGUGGAUGUUGCAGGGAGGGGAUGGGGCCAUGUGCAGAAGGAGGCAUUAGGGAGUGCGUGGAGUGCGGAUGCGCAUUUUGUCAAAGCACUGCGAGCGAUGAAGGUUGCGGCUGAGACGUGGGGUGGUGAUGAGGAGGAGCAGUUCUAUCUCAAGGCCGCUCUGAAGUUUGCGGAUGAGUUUGAUGAUUGGGGUGGGUUUGAUGUGAUGAUAAAUUAGGAGUGUUGUUUGUACCUAUAUAUGCAUCGUGAUAUUUGCUGACUGCUGUUUACAUCAAAUUCCUGUAUCUGAUACUGACCGAAUGCGGCUAGACUGUGAGGGCAUCUGCCACUUGCUCCUUGCCCGGGUGGCAAGAAUAGUCGCUGCCGAGCUUAUUGUUGAUACAGUACUUUUGAG